CUCUUUCUCUUUCUCUUUCUCUCAAAGAGUUGGUGCUCAUUUUUAGCUCUGACUUUCUGGUUCAUGCUUGAAGGAAAAAGAUGGAAGAUUUACCAUCUGGGUAUCGCCCAAAUGUUGGCGUUUGUCUCAUCAAUUCAAACGAUCAGGUUUUUGUAGCUUCUAGAUUGAAUGUUCCAGGAGCAUGGCAAAUGCCUCAGGGAGGAAUUGAAGAUGAUGAAGAUCCAAAAUCUGCUGCAAUGAGAGCUUUGCGUGAAGAAACUGGCAUAACCUCUACUGAAAUAGUAUCUGAGGUCCCAAAAUGGAUUACUUAUGAUUUCCCACCUGCUGUGAAGACCAAAGUGAACCGUCUUUGGGGUGGUGAAUGGCAUGGCCAGGCUCAAAAAUGGUACCUUAUGAGGUUAAUGAGUAACGAUGAAAGUGAGAUUAACUUAGCCAAUGGAGAAGCAGAUGCUGGUUUCUCGGAUUGGAAAUGGGUUAGUCCCGAAGAGGUUGUUGAACAGGCGGUAGAGUACAAGAGACCUUUGUACGAGGAAGUGAUGAGAACCUUCGAAACAUACUUCGCUGGAACCGCCAAAGCGGCUAAAUGCCUAUCCACGAAAUGGUGAACAUUGUUGAGAAAACGUAUACACAACAAGUGUAGUUUUUUUUUUUGUGUGUAAAUGUGUGGUAUGGUUCAGACAAUAAUCAAGAUGUGGUGUUCCUUAAUUCAUUGCAAUAAGUGUAGUUUUUUUAUUAU